CUUGUAGCUCGACUUGUAGACUUUAUAUACUUGCAACCGAACUGAGCACCCUAAGAUGAGCGGAAGACCUAAGCAUGGGAAUUAGGCGACAUGUAUAUAUGUGCGUGUGUGUGUGGAAUACGCAUCUCAUAAGAUAUCGUUGCUUAUGAGUUACCGCAGGAUUAUAUGUCGCCGCUAGAUGAUGCAGCUCGUUCGAACAAGCUGAGGAUCAAGGCGUGAAGGCGGAACUCUUUCUCAAGAAUUAUGGGAGCCACCCGAAGACAGCUAAGAAAGGCCGUCAACAAAAUUAGGAGUAAGGUGGUGAACGACACGUACGAAGCGGUCCCGAGAUACGGAACUAGUGACAGUUCAUCGGACCCCGAAGAAACACCUCAAAAAGUCUUAAGAUUGAAGAAAGGAGUUGGCCUCUUCAGCAGCAUCACAUUACUGCUUGGAAGUAUUAUAGGUACUGGGAUAUUUGUGUCGCCGGGAACAGUGCUGAAAAAUGCAGGUUCCGUAGAAAUUGCUUUGUUGGUGUGGACGGCCGCUGGAUUAAACAGCCUUAUUGGAGCUUUCUGUUUCGUGGAACUGGGGGCACUGCUACCGGCAUCUGGUGGCGACUACGCGUACUUUUCGGCAGCCGGGAAAGCGUUGGGGACGUACGGCGACUUUCCGGCGUUUCUUUACGCCUGGAGUUGCAUGGCCAUGUUAGAUCCCACGUCAAUCUCUGUCGAAGGCCUGACGUUCUCCGCAUACGUUCUAAGCCUACUGUAUCCGGAAUGCACGCCACCUAACGGAGCAACUGCCUUGAUCGCCUUGCUGUACAUCAUCGCAGCAAAUGCAGCAAACUCGUUUUCUGUUUCCAUUUCGGCAAGAGUUCAAGACAUUUUUUCUGGACUAAAAUGUACCUUGUUACUGGUUAUAAUCAUGACCGGCAUAUUAUACUCAUUUAAAGUGAAUCACAUCAAAGAUCCAUCAUACUCAAGUGACAACAUUUCACCGGGCGAUGUUGCAGCAGCCUUUUAUGGUGCUGCCUACACAUACUCAGGAUGGAGGGCUGUCAACAACAUCGCAGAAGAGGUGAAGAAUCCGGCGAGGAACAUUCCCCUAGCUGUCUUUUCCAGUGUCGUGAUCACAACAGCCGCCUACUUGCUCACAAACCUAGCCUUCUUCAUAGUCAUGGACGCCGACACCAUCGUCGCAUCCGACGCCAUCGCAGUCACGUUCAUCAGGUCAACCUGGGGUCCUUCCCUGAGCGUCCUGGUACCACUAAUCAUAUCCUUGAGCCUCUUCGGAUCUACCUGCGCAGAGAUAUUCGUCUCAGCCAGGAUCACAUUCGCUGCGGCCAGGCAAGGACACCUCGCGUCAUUCCUGUCCUACAUCCACGUCAACACCGCUGUUCCGCUGGCCUCCAUCAUAACGCGCUGUGUGCUCUCCCUGUUGUACACAAUGACUGGUUCUGUGACGUUUCUCAUUGAAGCCUCCGUGUUGUUCGAAACGACCUGGGACAUCGCGAGCGUGGUGGCGUUGCUCAUACUGAGACGGUCCAUGUCGAAGACAGCAAGAACGAUUCGAGUUCCCACCGUCCUUGUCUUCUUACGUCUUGUCAUUUGCAUUGCGAUGGCAACUGUUCCGCUGUCCCAAGUGUAUCGCUACCGGUACCACUACAUCGCAGUGUUUGUCACUUGUCUUUCUGGUAUAAUCUAUUACGUCGCAUUCGUGAGGUUCAAAAUGAGACUUCCAGGUGGUGACGCUGCUUCGGUGAUCAUGCAGAAGUGUCUCAACUCAGCUGCGUGCGUCAACGAGCUCGAUCUCAUUCUAAGACACAGAUCGGAGAGCGAGGCUACUCUUAUGAAGGGCUAAGUAUCGAGUGAAACACUGCCUGUUUUAUAUUCAGUACUUGCUUCGUGGGUCUUGCCAAAAAACAAAACGAAUAGGGCGCUUGAUGAGCCAAAGUCGUGUUGCUUGUCAAUAUUAUCAAACCGCAAGGGAAACUUGAUGCUUUUCUUCACCAUUGAUAUUAUGUUCACCUCAAUAAAUAUUUGUAUAUGCAUUAAAAGGCCUCUGACACGCCAAACAAAAAUUAUGCUAGGCGUUGAAAUGG